UUGUUAAUUUUAAUUCAUUUUGUGAUAUAAAUAUGUUUACUAUAUAAUAGAAAAUAAAAAUGGCGACUUUCAUCAAAAUGGUUGCAAAUGGUGAUAUUUUAUCAAUAGCUUUAAAAAGAUAUAAAUGUUUUAUUCCUAAUGGAUCAAUAUUAGUUACAAGAGAUUAUUCUAUCUCUGCUCAAAAUCAUAAAAACUAUGAUAUUAUUAUUACUGGUGGUGGUAUGGUUGGAACCACACUUGCUUGUGCAUUAGCAAACAAUAGAAAACUUGAAUGUAAGAAGAUACUUUUGAUAGAAAGUGGUAGACAAUUUGAAUAUAAAUUUGAAGAAAGAUAUUCCAAUCGUGUAGUUGCUUUAAAUCAACAAACACGUACCUUACUUUCAAGCAUAGGAGCUUGGCAACAUAUUAAAGCAACACGUUAUUGUACAGUACGAAAAAUGCAGGUUUGGGACGCAUGCUCUGAUGCUAUGAUUGUAUUUAAUGAAGAUUAUUUAACUGAAGAAAUUGCUUAUAUAGUCGAAAAUGACUUAUUACUACAUGCAGUUAAUAAGCAAUUGAUAGAUAAAGAAAAUGUAAAUGUAAUUUAUAACUCCAAAGUUGCAAAUAUUAAAUUACCUAAAAUGUUAGAAGAAAAUGCAGAAAUACAAUUGCAAGAUGGAACGAAAUAUGAAGCUAAAUUAUUGAUUGGAGCAGAUGGUGUAAAUUCAUUGGUACGACAAAUAAUGGAUACACAAUAUGUGAAGUGGGAUUACAAUCAAAUGGGUAUAGUUGCUACUCUUAAAUUGUCAGAGUUAACAAACUGUCUUAGUUCUCUUGUAUGGUCGUUACCAACAACUGAAGCAAAAAGACUUUUAAAAGUUUCAGAAGAAGAAUUUGUUGAUAGUAUAAAUAAUGCUUUAUGGAAAGUUUAUCCAAAAGAUGGUAUAGUUGAAAGUGGUAUGCGAGCACUUCAACAAUUACUUGAAGGUUUAUCUUUACAAACCGGCGUAGUAAAACAAUUACAACCAUCAGUAUCAGCUAUCGUAGAAGGAUCUCGUGCAGCUUUUCCUUUACAAUUUGGUCACUCUGUAUCUUAUGUUCAAACAGGAACUGUUUUAGUAGGUGAUGCAGCACAUAGAGUUCAUCCAUUAGCUGGUCAAGGUGUAAACCUAGGUUUUGGAGACGUAACAAUCUUAGUUCAACUUCUUGCAGAAGCGGUGAUAAAUGGAGCUCCUCUAGGAGAUAUGAUAUAUUUAAGAAAAUAUGAAACAUUAAGGCAACGAUACAAUGUUCCGAUAAUGUUUGCUAUUGAUGCACUGCAUCGAUUAUAUAAAGGAACAGCAGCUCCUAUUGUACUAGCUAGGAGUUUGGGAUUACAAUUGACAAAUGCUAUCCCAAUUCAUCACAUUUAAAUAAAAAUUUAUCCAUUUGAGUGAUUUUCAAUUCAUAAUGUUUAUAACAAAAAAAUUGCUAAGAGGUGCUGCUCUUGGAAUAAUUGGAUUGGGUACACUAGCAUCUUUAAGAGCAAAUGAAUAUGAUUUGGGAUCUAUAGGUAUUGUACGAUUAGGACGUGCUGCAGUUACUGUUUUUAUAAUUGGGAGACAUUAUAAAAACAAAUUGUAUGAUAGUAAUUUAACUCCAAACACUCAAGAAUAUCUUGACUUAAAAUCAGAAGUACAUAAAUAUGGAGCACAAAAACUUUUAGAACUUUGCUGUGCCAACAAAGGCGUUUAUAUAAAAGUAGGUCAACAUAUUGGUGCACUAGAUUAUUUAUUGCCAUCAGAAUAUGUUAAUACAUUGAAGGUGUUACAUAGUUCAGCACCACAGUCAUCUUUUAAAGAUGUGCUUACUGUUAUUAAAGAAGAUUUCAAGAAAGAUCCAUACGAAAUAUUUGAAAGUAUUGAUCCUGAACCUUUAGGCACUGCUAGUUUAGCACAAGUUCAUAAAGCUAUAUUAAAAAACGGUGAUGUUGUGGCUGUUAAAAUUCAACAUCGAUCAGUCAAAACAAACUCUUAUGUAGAUAUAAAAACUAUGUCAACCUUGGUAAAAUUAACAUCAUUAGUUUUUCCUGAUUUUAAAUUUGAUUGGCUUGUUGAUGAAACUAAGAAGAAUAUUCCUCGAGAGUUGGAUUUUACUCAAGAGGGAAAAAAUGCAGAAAAAGUUCAAAAUAUAUUUUCACAUUAUCAUUGGUUAAAAAUACCAAAAAUACAUUGGGACAUUUCAUCAUCCCGAGUUCUAACAAUGGAAUUUCUGGAAGGAGGUCAAGUUAAUGAUUUAAAAUACAUUCAAGACAGUAACUUGAAUCCAUAUGAAGUUAGCAGUAAAUUAGGCCGGCUUUAUAGUCAUAUGAUAUUUAUUGUGGGUUUUGUACAUUCAGAUCCACAUCCUGGUAACGUUUUAGUUAGAAAAAAAAAUAAUGAAGCAGAAAUUGUACUUUUAGACCAUGGAUUAUAUGCAAAUCUUUCAAAUGAAUUUCGAUGGGAGUAUUCUAAACUUUGGUUGGCAAUACUUGAUGGCAAUAAAACUGCGAUGCAAACACAUUGUGCUAAUUUAGGUGUUAGAGAUAUGUAUGGAUUAUUAGCUUGUAUGGUAUCAGGACGAUCUUGGAAUACAAUUAUAACUGGUGUCCAGAAAACUAAAUAUGAUAUGCAAGAAAAAGAGGAAUUUCAGAAAGAAAUACCAAAUUUAUUGCCACAGAUCAGCACUGUAUUAGAUAAAGUGAAUAGGCAAAUGUUAUUAAUUCUUAAAACAAAUGAUCUUAUGCGUUGUAUAGAAUAUUCUCUGAAUACAGAAUCAAGAAUGUCAGCAAUGUUGGAAAUGUCAAAAUGUUGUAUACAUUCUGUAUAUGGAGAGAAACUGAAAACCUGCACAAAUAUAUGGGAAAAGUGGAAAAUUUCUGUAUCUAAACAAUGGGUACUCUUUAAAUUAUCAUUAUAUUAUGUAUACUUAGGAGCAUUAAAUUUCAAUAUACAAAAUUCUGUCAACUCAUUUAUAAAAAACGAGUUUUAUACAUUUUAGUAAUGAUCUUUUUCUGGAAAAUUUAUUUAAAUUAAAUAUGAAACUGAUUGUAAAUAACAUUUCUUUAAAUAUUAUUAAUUACAAUUUUAUUAAUUCACACAAAUAGUUUAAAAAGGUAUUAAGUAUUUCUAUAUAAUAUCUUUAAUUUAUUUUUCUAUUUCAAAUAAAAAAACAAUAAAAAGUAAUUUGUGAUAAAUAACAAUAUUUACAUUAAACACAUAUGUAUAUUUUUAUAAUCAUAAAUUUAUCGUGCCAUAACAUGAUCAUCCAAUAGUCAAGGUUAUCCCAAUUAACAAAUUAUAUUGCAAAUGUUUGUUAUAAAUAUGUAUGUACAUAUAUAUCAUAUAUGUAUUCAAUAAUUUUUAUUUUAUUAUUAUAAUUUAUCAUAUUUACCUACAUUUUGCAUAAAAUGCAACUUUGUACAUUUUAUUUUUCUUUUAUUAGUGAAGUAGGAAAUAAAAUUAUAUUUGAUCAAUUAGUGUACUUAAUAUAGCAAUAUGACAAUAAAUAUAUUUGACCAU